AUGAAGCAACGAAACUCUGCCGGCAUCGUCAUCAGUGCCGUCGCCGCCGCCGCCGCCGUCCCCGUCGCCAACUGUCGUCAAGGCACCAACCGCCUCCUCCUAGCCCACGUUGCGCCGGCUCGGGCACCCUCGUCUUCACGCCGCUAUCACGGCCAGCCUCGUGCCGCCCUGAACCCGGCCGCUUCUGCCAGCGCAUCCCGCCGACCUGUAGCGAACAUCAGCUCUCACCUCCGCCUCCUUAGGCCUUCAGCUGCAACAAACAAGACUACGCACCUACGUGUCCGCGCCGGGCGACUCUUCUCCAGCACUGAGCCGCAGCGCCUCCAAAGUAGCACCGUCUUCUCCCCAACCCUUCUGGCUGUCGUCGUUGCCAUUAUCCUUGCUUCCUGGACCGCAACUCGCAUCGCACCCGCGGUCGUCGAAACCAUCUCUCCAGGUUCACUCACGGACACGGACCCCACCCCCAGCACCAGUGGCACCAUGUCGAUCGACGCCAUCGCACAAGGACACCUCGGCAACCUAACGCCAGAGCAGGAACAGAAGCUUCGGCAGCUGUGGAACGCCUUCUUCAAGGUCUGUGGCAUUGCCGAUGAUUCGGGCUCCUCUGUUGGUAGCGCUACAGCAGAGGCGUUGUCCAAGGCGCCGUCCGUGAAGGAGUCCGAGUCACCUCAGAAGAAACGUUUCAGUCUCUUCCGCUGGGGAGGCAACGAGAGCGCAGAGAGCUCCAAUGGGAGCAGAGAUGCGACGCCAGAUGACAAUGACAAGUAUGGGCAAACCAAGGACUACCACAAGACUCUAAAGAACAACAGUCCGGACUCUAUCCGUCAGACAAUCUGGUCCAUGGUGAAGCAUGACCACCCAGAUGCCCUCCUCCUGCGAUUCCUUCGGGCUCGCAAAUGGGACGUGGAAAAGGCCCUGGUAAUGCUCAUUUCCGCUAUGAACUGGAGGCAUAGCCAGAUGAACCUGGACGACGACAUCAUGAAAAACGGUGAGGGCGGUGCCAUCGAGGACGAGAAGAAUGGCAGUGCGAGUGCCAAGAAGCUGGGGAGCGAUUUCAUGGCCCAGUUGCGCAUGGGGAAAAGCUUCCUCCAUGGUACGGACAAGGAGGGCAGACCAAUCUGCGUUGUACGCGUACGCCUGCAUAGACCCGGCGAACAGUCCUUGGAGAGUCUCGAGAGGUACACGGUCUUUAUUAUUGAAACAGCCCGCCUGGUUCUCGAGCCUCCUGUCGACACUGCGACCAUCAUUUUCGAUAUGAGUGACUUCACGCUGUCCAACAUGGACUAUCAGCCAGUCAAAUUCAUGGUGCAAUGCUUUGAGGCGAACUACCCUGAGUCACUUGGCGCCGUUCUCGUGCACAACGCGCCGUGGGUGUUCCAAGGUAUCUGGAAGAUUAUCCGCGGCUGGCUCGACCCUGUCGUGGCCGCCAAGGUUCACUUCACCAAUUACCGAGCCGGUCUGGAGGAAUUUAUCGCCCCGGAUCGCAUCAUCAAGGAGCUCGACGGUGACGAAGAUUGGAAGUAUGAGUACAAGGAACCGGCCGAGGGUGAGAACGAGGCCAUGAAGGACACGGAGACGAGGGACCGGCUUCUCAAGGCCAGGGCCGACCUCUACGGCGAGUUUGAGGCGGCAACUCGGACCUGGAUCCGUGCCGCAGACUCUGAAGAGGGCAAGCAAGCAAAGGCCGAGCGAGAGCAGAUUGCCGAGAACCUGCGCGCAGGCUAUUGGACCCUCGAUCCGUAUAUCCGGUCUCGGUCGCUGUACGAUCGGGUGGGGGACAUCCUCCCUGACGGAAAGGUCAACUGGUACGCAAAGGCAGACCAGGAGUCGGUCAAGCAGCCCAACGACAACGGGGCUCAGGCAUAA